AAGGGGCGGCUCAGCCUUGAGCGGGUGGGCCCACCCCCACGCCUGCCUAUAAGUGUGUCCCCACCCGGCUCAACAGCCACUCCAUCCUGAGCCAGUCCCACUUGCAGCAUGUUGGGUGUCACCGUCCUUGCCGCGCUCCUGGCCUAUGCCUCCAGCUGCGGAGUCCCCACCUUCCAGCCCAACCUAUCUGCCCGAGUGGUGGGAGGAGACAACGCCAGGCCCCACAGCUGGCCCUGGCAGAUCUCUCUCCAGUACCUCAAGAAUGGCGUCUGGAAGCACACCUGCGGCGGCACCUUGAUUGCCAACAACUACGUCCUCACGGCUGCCCACUGCAUCAGCAACACCCUGACCUACCGCGUGGCCCUGGGGAAGGAAAACCUGGUCGUGGAAGAUGAGGAAGGCUCCGUGUUUGCAAACGUGGAGUCCAUCGUCGUCCACGAGAACUGGAACUCCUUCCUGGUGCGCAACGACAUUGCCCUCAUCAAGCUGGCGGAGCCUGUGCAGCUGAGUGACACCAUCAAGUUGGCCUGCCUGCCGGAGGCGGGCUCCUUGCUGCCUCAGGACUACCCCUGCUACGUCACCGGCUGGGGCCGCCUCUGGACCAACGGCCCCAUUGCCGACGAGCUGCAGCAGGGCCUGCAGCCCAUAGUGGAUCACGCCACCUGCACCCAGAGAGACUGGUGGGGAACCAUGGUGAAGGACACGAUGGUGUGUGCCGGGGGCGACGGCAUCAUCUCAUCUUGCAACGUGAGUGUGCAGGCCCCGCGCCCCGUCCCUACUGCAGGUGGCCGAGGGGAAGGGGGCAGUGAGGAGGGUAAAGGAGGGUGGGAGCGGGUGACCCACACGAGCAAACCCUUAACCUUUUCCCUGGUCGGGCCCAGGAGGCUUAGGGGCAAGCGGGCACCCCCAGCCCUCAGCGCCGUGGCGAGGGCGGGAGGAUCCGGGCUGGAGUCCCAAUCCCACCACGCGGUGGCUGCGCAGUCGCAGUCUCGGGCAGCCCGCUCACCCUCUCUGCGCCUCCACCUUCCCACCUGUAAGACGGAGACACAGCGAGCACAGGGUUGACGUGAGGACCGAUCUAACAGGCAUAGAAGACACUUAGGUGACAUCUCUGCACAUGCUCCUUCACACCACCAGCUCCAUCCAGCUAGGGAGGCAGAGG